CCAGUGGCGAUUGUCCCCGCAGAGCUGGUUGUGCCGGUGUCAGUGCGGAGCGGCUGCGGGACCGGCGUGAUGUGCAAUGUGCAGCUGUCCGACUCUGCCCUGGAGAGGCUGGUGGCUAAACGGACUUUCCCGUAUCACCGGCGUACGGCUGUGUGCAGGAAUCUCUUCGGGCCGGUGGAUCACGAAGAGCUCAGCCGGGAUUUACAGUGUAAACUACGGGAGAUCCGGGAGGAGUGCAGCCAGAAGUGGGACUUUGAUUUCCAAAAAGAUGCACCGUUACCGAAAGGGACUCGUUACCUCUGGGAGGAGACCAGCGCCGGCAGUGUACCUGCUUUUUAUAGGGAGAAGCUCGGCUCCACUGACCUUGUUCAGUCCAGGUUAAGCCAAGAGCAGGGAGACCCCAAACCGGCUCAGGAAACAAGUGGGGACUCCCAAGAAGCAGCCUCCGCGGAACCUGCACUGCCAACAAAACCCGAGGCUGCCAGAAGGUGUCGUAUAACAGAUUUUAGUCCUGUACGGAAAAAGGCAAGAGAUGGUAAAGCACUUUGUAGCAAAGCGUGUUUGGAGUCUUCCAUUCCAACAGAGCAAACUCCGCAGAAACGACUCCGAUGAUCCAGAUUUGCACUUAUCCCAACUGAGCAGAAGACAAGACAGACUUUGCCUCCUGUGGAUUAGAGGAAACAAAUACUGGGAACAUUUUGAUUUGGAAGGAACGAAGAAUCUUUUUAAUAAUAAUUGAUUUUUGGAGGCAAUUUGUGGCUAUGAGCAUGUGUGUACUUAAACAGUGUUUAUUUGUAGCUAAUUAUACUCCUUUACUGUGCGUGAUGCUGGUCUAAUUGAGAUGUAUGUAUAUAAUAAAUACAGUGUGUGAGUUAGUACGAUUGCAUUGUCCAAAACGGGGACAUUUUCUUGUAAUUUUUAUAUAUAUUUUUUUUUUCUUGUGUUCAAGAGUUUACUAACUUAUAUUUUCUAUUUAUGUAAGUGAUAUAUUAUUAUUUUUUUCCUGACAUGAAAAGGCACUAUAUUCAGUUAUUUGCAAAGUGACUUUUACUUUUGUGGGUUUUGUAAAAAUGUUGAAUUCACUUGAAGCUAAAGAAAAUGCUGUAGUUCUUGUUAUGACUAUACACACACUACUGUGAUGUACUCAGAUAUUUACAUUAAGUAGCGUUUCCACUUUCAUUUAAGUAGAUGAAGCAAAUACUUAAAGGGCUGGCCCAGAAAGACUGUCUUAGCAAAUCUGCUAUGAAAAGGGACCAGAUUUAAUUUAUGUUCUAGUGCACUUAAGGCUCCAGCUGGUACCUUAACUGCAUCUGUUGGUGGAGUUUUGUAAAACCAGCAUAGGGUGAUUGUCCUGUUUAUAAAACAAAAUCGGUUUUAUCACAUAAUGGGACAUUAAUGUCAAAACUAAACUUUAAGGAUUCAGACAGAGGUAAAUUUGAUCAUACGCGUAAACUGGAAAGUUGUUUGUUUUUUUUUUUUUGUUUUUUGUUUUCAAUUUUUAUUUUUUUCAAUUUUAUUUUUUACAUUUUUUAUGCUCUAUCUGAAUAAAUAAAGUUUGUUUGACUUCCAUGAAACUUUUAGAAACAAUAAAUUCAUAGCAUCAUGUAAACACUAUAUAGUUUACUUUAUUUCAUUCUUACCCAUGUUACCUAGGUUUUACAUAACAAUACAAUGUGUUCUGACAAAUAUAUAUAUAAUUUUUUUUAAAUUACAAGUUACAUUAAUGUAAUAAAUGGUUAACAUAAAAUACCAAGAAACACAAUGCCCAGGGAGGGUUAAAUAACUAAAUGGCUGUGAUGCAACCUCUCUACAUUGCCUGGUGAGGGCGCAUAAGGGUACAUAGUAACCCUUCUUCCUUUUGAAUCACCUUUCCCAUUGAACUUACUCCAUCUUUGGAGAGUCCCUGGGGAGAUUGGUAAUUUAGUUGCAGGGUUCUACAGCCAGCAUGCUAUAACCCUCCAUCUAGAAAUGCUAUGCAAUGCAGAGUACUGCAGUUGAAGCAUCUGUCAAACUAUCUCCCCUUGUUUGCUAAAUGGCAUAGUGCGUAAAGUGUCAAUAGUUUUUUUUUUUUUCUUCAAACAUGAAGGUUCUGUGAGUGCGGUUUAUUCCCUUCCAUUAUAUUGGCUACGCUGUAGACAGAUAUGCUACAUCUAUUUUGCCCCUAGUGUAAAAGGAAAAACAAAAAGUCCUGGAAUUGGGCUAAGUCAAUUCCACCGCGUGUUAUAGUUUAUAUGUAUAUAUAAUGUAUGGGUGUGGAAUAUUUUCAACCUUUUUUCUCCUUUAGAAACUGCCAUUUAACCAGUGUUUAUAUGGUGUUUGUGUGUGCACUGAGAUUCUAAGCCAGAACCUUCACUCAGUAUUAACCAACACAUUGUGAGAAGAUAAUCUCUAAAAUGUAAUUAUGUGCAUGAUACAGCUGCAGACCAAUAGGAGCUGUUGAAAAGAAUAAAACUAGAUAGUUGUAACGCAAACUGGUUUUAGGUCCCCCCCCCCAAUGUACAGACUUUGUGUGCAGCCCCUAAAUGCAACAGUUAAAGUCAUUGUAGAAAGUAAAUAAUUAUGACUUCUCCACUUUUCUAUAAUUUUAUCCUAUUUAAUUACAUUUUAUUGGCAGAUAUUUUUCUCUGACAAAGCCAUUUGUGUUCUGUAUGUAAAGAGUCACAACUAAGAUUAAGAGAAAUGCAAAGCAAAAUAAAAUACAUAAAGCAUUUUAAAUAACAGCAAUUAAUCAUGUUAAAAAAAAAAUAUUGGGUGAAAUAAAUCUAUAUUGAAGUAGCAGGAAAUGCAUGCUUUUUCCCAGUCUCAUUGGCUAUGGUUAAUAUGGGCACCUUCGGACUGGAACACGCUUCUACAAGAAUGAAGAUAACUAGGUGCUUUAUUUAAUAACGCAGGGACGUGUGUGUGUGUGUGUGUGUAUAUAUAUAUAUAUAUAAUUGCGUUGCAUUUUCCUUUUAAGGAGUGACCCUAUAUUAACUAGAAAUGUGAUUAAAGAAUGGAACAAAUAUAUGCAAGUUUGUGAAGACCUUUCAUUUUUCUUUGCACUAUUGUAACAUAAACUGCCAUAAAUGCAAAGGUACUGUCUUACUCCACAAGAGAACGUCAAUCUUUAUUACUCCCCCCCCCCUCAGUGUUCAAAUACCAGCAAUUGUUUAUCACUGUCUUUACAAUCAUAUAAGUUACAAUAAAAACAAUUAAGAUGG